GCAAAACAUUAAACAUAUACAUAUAUACAUAAAUAUACACGUAGUAUAAAUAUAGGUGAAAAUCCAACACAGCAUUACACUAAAAACCGAGCCUUAAAAAUACUCUAGAAACCUUCCCCUUUGUGAGAGGAAUCCAACGGCGAAAGAAACGUAGAAAACGAUAGUCGGAGGAGAGAGAUAUCAGUCGCCGGAGUUUCGUCGAUUUGAGUUUUGACGUCAAAGAACGGAGGAAAAAGGAGAGCUGUGGAAGCCGCCAGUCCAUCACUGUCCAUCACCGACCCAUAAGGAUUCCGCUACCACCUUCGUUGACCGCACCCGUCGAGGUAAAUAUUUAGAGACCGGAAUUGAGGAAGAGAGUUAGGAGCAUCGGGAUUUAAGAGUAUGCCGCCUAGGAGAGAAGUCCCCACAGCACCAACUAAUGCUGAGCUGGCGCUGACCAUGCAACAAUUUGCUCAAACGUUAAGCACCACGUUUCUCCAAAACCAGCAAACCAGCAAUGACGCUUCUAAGAGGGUAGCAGCUCGGAAUCCCCCGAGCUACCAGGGUCAGGAGGAUCCAUUCAUCCUUGAAGAUUGGAUACGCUCCUUUGAUAAGUUGUUCGAGGCAGUUAACUGCCCGGCGGAACAACGAGUUGACAUCACCGCCUACUACUUGCAUCAGGAGGCUGACAACUGGUGGGCCACUGAUGGACCGGCCUUACGUCAGCAGCCAAAUCUUUCUUGGGAGGCAUUUAAGGAGGCUAUGAGGGAAAGAUUUUAUCCCGAACAUGUCAAAGCGGAGAAAUAUGAGGAGUUUUUGUAUCUCAAACAAGGAGAUAUGUCGGUCCAAGACUAUUACGCCAAGUUUGUGGCGUUAGCUCGGUUCGCACGUGCUCUAGUGCCGGACGAGAACAUCAAGGCCCGAAAAUUCAUCCAUGGCCUGAAUUUCGACACUCAGAAGGCUGUAAGUGUGCUAGGAUGCCAGACGUUGAACGAAGCCUAUACGAAGGCUGCUCUUCACUAUAGGGUUCAACGACUUCAACGUGAUGCUUACAAAAGGAACAAAAGAGGUGACGACGAUGACCAACCACCAAGGGAGAAGAGAGGUAGACCCAAUCCCCCUGAACAGCGAACACAAUGGCGGGGAGAUGAUCGCAAUCGCAAUCAAGGAGGAAGGAACUUCCAAGGGAAAGGUCCGACGGGUGAACGAUAUUAUCAUUGCAAGUUAUGCCAAAAGAAUCAUCCUGGACGCGAUUGUGCGGGCAAUGAAGUGAAAUGUUAUGAUUGUGGCCGGAUGGGCCAUAAAGCAUAUGAGUGUCACAUGGGAAAAGGGAGGGUCCCCCAGAACCAAGGCCAAAUCAACAAUAGAGGCAAUCUUGGAGGAAAUAGGCCAGGAGGCGCAGAGAAUCCUAACCACAACGCUCGUGGGAAUGGGGGAAACCACAAGGCAACAACAACACCCCUAACCAAGGCAAGAUAUACGUGAUGAAUCAAGCUCAAGCUAAUGCAUGUGGCGUAGUUUCAGGAGGUGAUCAUGUUGAUUUUGAUGCUGGAAUGUUUGAGAGCGCAAACUAGAAGAUCGCUAUGUAGUUCACUAGAUUAAACUUUGAUACUUGCUUAUGAUUCGAACAUCUAGAUUUUUGUUAAAUUACAUUUGGGUAGAUAGCCUUAGCAUUCAACCAUUCAAAGGUUGGAUGUGGCGGUGACAUGCCCCUUUUCCUUAGUUUUUAUUAAUUUCCGCUGCAAACUUUUGAAGGUUUAAUUAUUAAAUAAAAGUCCAUCUCUAUUUCCA